AUGUUUCAAAUAGCGCGAUUGAAAGACUCCGCGGUGACGAUUAAACCGCAACACUUGGACAAAGAACCGCUCACGGCCAUCGUCGCGGAGUUGGAAGAGUUGUACGUGGACAAAGUCAUCACGGAUUUAGGCCUCGUCGUGACUUUAUACGAAGUGAAUUCUAUUAAAGGAGGGAUAAUAUACGCCGGCGAUGGGGCGGCGCAUUACGAGGUGGAGUUUCGGAUGGUGGUGUUUAGCCCGUUCGUGAAUGAGAUUUUAGUCGGAAAAGUGUAUUCGUUGACGGAUGAGAACGGUAUUCGCGUGUCGUUGGGAUUUUUCGACGAUUUGAUAGUUUUACCGAACAAGAGUGGGAUGGAUUUAGAGAAAACAAAGUGGGACGAUAAAGAGAAGAUUUGGUACAUCGAAGAAGAGAGUGUAGAGUUUCUCGCAGAGUCAAAUAACGAGGGAAAUAGAGAAGAAAUAGGGUUGAUGGUGAAGAAAUUUAUAGAACCCGGGCAACAGAUUCGAGUGCGCGUGACGCAAGUGACGUAUCCGGAAGAACCAAAGACGAAGCAAGAACUACAGAAGAGAAAGUUAGAGGAUGGAGGGCAAAGGGAAGGGAAGUUCGCGCCGAUGAUCGUUAGGUGUUCGAUUGGAGAGUUAGAUGCGCUCGGACCGGUGGAUGAGAACGAGGGCGAGGACGACGAGGAUGAAUUAGAGGAAGACGAUGAUGAGUAG